AUGGCUUCUCCUUUGUGUUUCUUCAAAAUAUUCUCACUAGUACUACCAUUGAUGUUUGCUCUUGCUCCGGUAUUGAUUCUUGCUGGUUUUCUUGGAUAUGGGCUCUUGUCAAUCUUUCUCACAUCAACAGCGUUAAUUUUAUCUAGUCUUAUCUUGACUUUCUCAAAGCAAAAACAAACACAAGUGCAGAAAUCAGUGACAGAUGAGAUUGUCAUGCCAGAUCAGAGCCGAGAGUGCUCCGAUGGAUCUAUUUCUGACGAGGAUAGCCUCAUUGAAAUCUCCCUUCCAGGUGGACAUUACAUUUGUGAUCAUGAGGAAGAUGAGGUCAUCUAUAAUCUGCAGAACAAAUUGCCAGAUUUUGCACCAGGAUCAUUUUUCAAACAGCAUGGUCUAAUGGAGCUUCUGGCAGAAUUAAAUGAGAUGAACGAGGAAGAAAAUUUGAUUGAGAUAGACAUAUCAAUGGGCUCCAUCAAGUGUCCAAGGUUUGAGAUUGAAGCUUAA